AUGGGUACACAAAAACGGGCUCUGCGGGCCUCGUGCGAUAAGUGCCACCAAGCAAAAGUGAAAUGCGUUCCCACCGCCGUAGGGUGUCAGCGCUGCCUGGACUUAAAUAGUCCGUGUGUCCACAGUCCCCCGGGACGAUCGGGUCGAGCCCCCGCAGCAAGCAGGGAGUCGGGGGUACGUGCUGCACGCAUCCUCACCCCUCCGCAAAGCAACCCUUCACGCGCCCCCAGCGAACCCAACGCGUCCACAACGAGUGCCAAUACCUGUGGCUCCGGCGAUGACGAUCGGCAUUCCCGGGUUCCGUCGUCAGUGGCGGACUUUUCUAACGACUCUGUGCUGAUCAUCGAUGAUGAUGCUCGCCAGAUGGAGCCCAUUGAUGCGAUGCUGUCGGACUGGUUUUCCAUGCCAGGAGCCGCCUCCAGUCCACUGUACAGCAGUGAUCAGACCGCUGCACUGUCCGAAUUCACAGCACGUCUUCCAUCAGCGUUUGCGAUGACCAGUCCGAAUCCCACGGCUAUUUCUGAUUUUGCCGCGGGCGAGCCUUUGACACAUUCUGCAGUGACAGCGCACUCCCUGGUCCCCUCCCAUCCCAAAGACCUCGUCAGUACCGAGGGACAAGGUUCGAUGUGUGCUUGUUUCCAGACCAUCGUUCGCGCACUUGAAAAGAUCCAACAGGCCAACAUGCAGCUGUUCAGUCUGGAUGUUGCCCUGAGCCAGAAUAAGGAAGCACUGAUCCGUAUCUGCAAUGCCCUGGAAUGCGUCUCCCCUCAUGACAGUACCACUCGCCUUUUGAUAUUGGUUCUUCUUCGCAAGGCUCUCCUUCUAUACCACCUACUUUAUCAAUCGAGGCUGCGCGAUCGAAGAGACAUGAACCGGAAAGGCGCCAGUCCCAUUACCUCUCCGCCCCCCUGGUCGUCCUUUGACACGAACAUUACUUCAGCGAACCAGCAGCAUAACCCCCUCUUUCCCUCCGAACACAAUGACGUUCCGACUGGCCCAGGAGCGACGACGGCCAAGCUUACCUUGGGCUCAUAUCAGUUGGAUCAUGCGGAUGAGAGCUCUCUAGCGAAGCAGAUUCUGCUCCUGGAUGUAAAUAAAGUCCCGCGGCUACUCGAGAGACUGGACCGGCGAGCCUGCGGACUCGACGAGGCGGAUGGACUGGACUUGUACAACAUGAUGCGAAGUGCACUGAUAGCCGAGUUCCGAGCUAUUAUGACACAGGUGGAAAGAUAG